AUGAGUUGACAGGGUGGCGAUUUGCCGUUGGACGUCUUGGUCCUGUUAUUUCAUGACUUCUGAUCAAAAUGUCAGGACAGACGGAAAGAAAAACAAAUGGAUAUAUAGAUACCCAGAGUCAAGAAACAGCAGCAUAUCUGAAGUAUUUCAGUUUAGUAACACUGAUGCUUCAAAAUGCAGUCUUCAUAUUAAUGAUGCGCUAUGUACGGACACGCCCAGGUGACAUGUUCAUGUCCACUACUGCUGUGAUCAUGUCUGAAGUUCUGAAAUUCCUUGCGUGCUUCAUAAUCAUUUUUUAUAAGGAAGGAGGCAUGAAAGGAUUCCUUUCUCAUCUAAAUGAGAACAUCAUAAAACAACCCAUGGACUUCCUUAAGAUUUCUGUCCCCUCAAUCAUAUACACUCUACAGAAUAAUCUGCUUUUUGUUGCUGUCUCAAACCUGGACGCUGCUGUUUUCCAGGUGACGUAUCAGCUCAAGAUUUUAACCACAGCUCUGUUCUCCGUCAUCAUGCUCGGUAAACCGCUGAGCCGCCUGCAGUGGGUCUCCCUCUUCAUCCUUUUCUGCGGGGUGGCCCUCGUACAAGUUCAACCCACAGGCUCGUCCCAAAGUAAAGUCCCAGUUAAACAGAAUCCCUUGUUAGGACUUAUAGCCGUCCUAGUACAGUGUUGUCUUUCCGGUUUUGCCGGAGUUUAUUUUGAAAAGAUCUUGAAAGGUACCAAGCAGUCCAUCUGGCUCCGAAAUUUUGAGCUCGGAAUGAUUGGAGCCAUAAUCGGAUUCAUCACCAUGGAGCUAAACGAUGGGCAGAAAGUGGCAGAGAAAGGAUUCUUUUUCGGUUAUGAUUAUGUGGUGUGGACUGUUAUAUGCCUUCAGUCAUUUGGGGGGUUGGUCGUAGCAAUCGUCGUUAAAUAUGCAGACAAUAUCCUUAAAGGUUUCGCAACCUCAGGUGCAAUUAUUAUUUCAUGUAUAGCAGCCAUUUAUUUUUUCGAUUUUCAUUUGUCAUUACAGUUUUUUGUUGGGGCAAGUCUGGUCAUUAUAUCAGUAUUUAUGUACAGCAAAUUCGUACCCCAGAAGCCUCCAGCCUUUCCCCCAGCCACACAGAAUGUUUGAUGUUAGUGGGUUGUAUAAUUUUAAUUGGGAUCUGCAAAUGUCACAAGGAUUUUUACAUAAUCAUAUAAAUUAAAAUGUCAUAUGUGGUAAAUGUAUAUGAAAU